CAAAGUUACAACCUAGUUCUGUCAUCACCAUAUCGACAACUGUCCCUCAAAUCUUUCUCCCAAAGGUUCCGUGCAUUACUCUACAUACCUUUUGAAUUCGUCAGGCUCCAGGUCACACAGGGGCCCGCGCGACGCGACUGCUUAAGACUUGACCAGGUAUCCUUGAGUCGGUAAUCGAGCUUCACACGGCACCAACUUCCUUUCUGAGAGUGUCGAUAACUCUUCUUCCUUCCUCGCUAGGGCAAUCGACUGCGUCAUAGUUACCCUGGCUGUAUUGUGAUGCUCAAACUACGAGUCUAGAAGUUGCGAAGCCGUUCCAGGUCUCCACGGAUUCUAGAUGGCAUCGAUUAUCGUGGCACAACAGGGUGAACCAUCAGACUCGGAGCUCAGCGAUCACUUUGAUGCUUUGCCGCUACGUUCAAUACACCCGCAAACCCCAGACUCUUGUGAUGCUGCGCUGUUCAAUGGACAAGAGGAUCAAGAAGUAGCUGACCCUCAAAACAUACCUGUUUCCGGGCCAACCGAUACGGUGAUUCCACGCCCUCACGGCGUCUCAAACAUACCACAACAAACUCGUUCACAAUAUGCGGCUUUGCCGAAUGAAGAUGUGAUCGAGGAGGCUGAUUACGAUCCGCAUCCCACAGAGUCGUCUACAGGCGAUCUGACGAGCGUAAACAAACUUUUCUGGAGACCAUCCACUCUCCGGUGGCCUGUCUUGCUCUCAACACUUAUUGUCGCUCUGGUCCUUGGCUUGGGAGUUAUUUUCCUCCUGGUUUAUUCGGCUGCAAACGAUGGCCUUGGUCCGGACGAUGGUUCUGCUGCUGUUCUUUUCGGUUGGCGCUUCGUGCCUACCCUUGUCACUGUCCUGUACGCUAUUCUCACGACGAUGACGUUUAACGACGCUCGACGAACGGAACCUUUUGCGCAGAUGUCUCACGUGCUUGGCGCCUCAUCAGCUUCAAGCGUCUUCAAGAAACCCGAACAAUGGUGGAGUAUACUAGGGAAUAGUCUAAGGAAGCAUAAAAAUCACGGCAGUCCUAACUAUCUUCUCCCGGUAGCCGUACUUGUCAACGUCAUCAGCUCUCUUCUCAUCAAUACUUUGUCCUCGGCUCUCUUACAAAGCCAGCUUGUCGAACUAGUUUCACACGUUCCCUUCACUAGAUACGGGAUUUCGCAAGAUCAGCCAAUUCGCAUGGCGGCCAAUGACCUCAUCUACUUCCGAACAAUAGGCAGUAUUCUUCAAAAUCUUACAACAUCCGCUUGGCUUACCGACAGGUACGCGGUGGUUCCAUUUUCACCCUCGUCCGACUCAGUGAACCUUGGCACUGCAGUGACAGACAGAGCUCAGCAAUGGCAAUCUAACGCGACUGUGCUAUCCCUCGAGCUGAAUUGUGAGAAAAUGAAUAUCCACUCCUCAAUCUGGUCGAAGAGCUUAGAUUUCCAUUCAUUAUUGCUGACAGACACUCAUGGAUGCGAGGCCGGCAUCAAUGGGUAUUCUCAAUAUCUCACCAAGUCUGGCGGUGGGUCGUGGUUUGCACCACCCAAUUUUACAGUGCCAGUAUGGGACGACGGAAAUGAUGAAGGUGCACUUUACUAUAACAGCACACAACAGUGCAAUGGUCGACAGAUUAUUCUGUCGACAAACGGCCCUUGGCAGGGUGAAACGAUAAAUUCUUGGAACGAGUUCUUUAAAGCCGCAGCGUGGUCGUGCCAGACCACGUAUUAUGCUGCCACCAUGCCUGUUACUGCGUCAACCGCCGCCAACGGUACCAUUCUAGAGAUCAACGACGCAGCCUUCGAUGCUGGUCGAAGUCUGCUGCAGAAUACCAUUCUUGAUCAAACCAGCUUUGAUGCCGCGUUCUUGGACAAAAAUUGGACUAGCAUGUUAUACACCGCAAACCCCACCGGGCAGGCGAAUUUCGGAGGAGUGUCCGCUCUUCUGGCUGCUCUUUAUGAUUUCGACCCCGCCAGAAUGAUCGAUGCCGACUCUGUUGCUGAAAAUGCCAGAAGAAUUAAGCAACAUUUCCUAGGAGAAAUGGUUUUGGCUACUGUCACGGACAACAAGCCGAUUUUGCAAGCUGGCCAGGUCAUCGACACGCAGCGCAGAGUCGUUGUUAACCUUCCCAUCGGGAUCUCUCUAGCUGUACUCUUUAUCAUCUCUGCGGGCCUGGUAGCCGCUGCGUGGUUCCUGUCAAUUCGACGCCCUCUGAAUCUGCACAAUGAUCCUUCUUCGGUAGCGGCUGUUGUCAAGCUCAUUGAUGGUAACACCCUUAUUCAAGGUUGUUCCAAGACUUUAGAUCCGGACAAAGUUGGAGGGCUGUAUGAAAGACUAGGGAGUACGAGGCACUUUUUACUGGACGGAUCCUUGUCGUCAAUCAAAAGUCUUGCCGAGAAUUCAGAGAACGACAAUACUCCUCAUAUGCCGAGCCGCGACUGGAGACCCUUUGCCGUUCGACGACUUGGUGGUCUUCUGUUAUUACUACUCCUUGCUCUCAUAUUUGCUGGAAUCCUUACACUCUUCAUCCUGGCAAGCACGACCGGCCUCUACGAGUCUGCCUUUACAUAUCGAACUGACUUGGCCCUUUCUAGUACUCACCUAUUCACGCUCGCACCUUAUUCGAUAGUGCCCACUUUCCUGGCCGUUGCUGUGAGCCUGUGGUGGGAUAGCCUAGAUGAGACGUUUCGCAGAUUACAGCCUUAUGUUGCGAUGGCACAAAAGGCUGUACCUGCUUCGCCUAAUAUUGGAUUAUCAUAUCUGUCUACUUACUCAAUCGGCUCUGUGGCAAAGGCUUUAUGGCGUAGACACUGGCUGGUUACCGUGGUAUCUGGCGGCGGUGUCCUCGCUCAAGUUUUGACAGUGUCGAUGUCAGCAUUGUGGCAGAGAACGGACGGAUCUCGACCUGGUGAUAUGAACCUCAUCCGCAAUUUAGAGCCGAGAACUCAGCCGUUUGAGUAUAUCUACCUCGUUGGCAAUGCCAUGGGCGGAGGAGAUCCUACAGGACAAACAACUCUCUCCAGCUUUUACGGGAACUUGUCCACAAAUUGGUUAUACAGUGCCACAAUGCAACUCGUUUACAACGGGUCAGAACCGGCUUGGAGCAGAGAUGGCUGGAGCUUCGUACCAGUGAACUUAUCCUCUAUCGUCGACUCACAUAUUUACAAGAAAACGCCUUCGGUGAAUACUUCGACCUCAAGCGCGGGUUCAGGCUCUCUCAAAAGUGUUAACGUUACGCUCACAACUCCUGCAGUAAGAGCUACUAUGGAGUGUAGUUCGAUAGAGUCUGCGAAUAAUCCAUCAAACUGGGCGACCGAGUGGGACCUAACUGACCCUUCAGUUUGGAAUGUUUCAGUGAACCCUACCGGACUACAGAAGGGAUUCGGAAUCAACAUGCAGAUGGAGCUUGGUCAGGACGCUGCAUUCUCAACAACACCGAUCCUUAGUCGAGAAAGAACGCUUUUAUGCUGCUUAAACCUUUCAAGUACGGCCGGUGGAUCGUCAGCCAUCGGUUACUGGUCAAUUAACUACAAACAAGGCCAAGUGUACGAUUUCGAAUCAGAUUCUGGUCCUUACCCCCGGAACCUUACAAUAAAGUGGAUCCGAGGUACCGCUGUCCAACAGUACUACUUAAUGAACUCGUCUUAUGAAUUCAGCAGGGGCGAAGGCGAGGAUUUUCGGCGUUUGAUCUGGCAAGAGGCACCUAAAAUGUCCGCGCUGAAUUGCCAGCCUCGAAUUCAGUGGACCAAUGCCAGCGUGACUGUCGACAUGACAACAGGUCAGGUCUGGCAGUACAUCAUCGCUGACACGCCAGAGGCGUUCGACUGGCCCUGGAGUGACGUCUAUCUUCCACACAAGUACUCGGGCCCAGGCGACGAUCCAGCUGCAGGCAAUUUUCACGACCAGAUCACCGUAAGCUAUGGCGUACUGUUCCAAGACGCUUUACUAUUUGCAUCCGACCUGCAAAUACUGUGGCCAUCGGGCGGGAGUAUGGAUAGCCAGGUCGAGGAUCUCAACGACAAGAAUUUCAAUAUCCGUCUGCCUCAACAGGGCCUUAACACCGAUCUCAUGUCAUACUCAAUGUACCAGCUCGCAAACGGCGACCUAGAUGUGCUGAUGGACCCGACACAAAUGGCGGCUCUCGGCGGGAAAGUUUUCACCACCUUCUUUCAGCAUUUCAUUUCUGCGAGUGUCACUCCCAGCGGAGGUUGGGGCUUCCAGAAAAUCGGCUCGACUCUAGCCCCUGACCUCGGCCCUGCCCUCGACAGUAUCGGCUCAUCAGUUCUGUCGACGUACCAGGAUCAAAACACGAGCCUGACCUCGGAUACGCGUGUCCCUGUCCACGUGGAAAUCGAAGUUGAAGUCCUCCAGAUGUCCCCCGCUGCGGUGUAUGUCUCGCUGAGUAUACUGUUCGUCCUAGGACUAAUCACGCUCCUCGUGUAUUUACUGGGGUAUCGAUACUUCCGGCAUUUGCGACACGACUUCGACAACCUCGCCAGCGUCGUCGCCCUCGUGUAUGACAGUCCCAAGCUGCAGGCUUGGGUGCGGACGCAUCCGGAUCCGAGACAAUGGGGUGGGAGCCUGAGGACCAGUGGUGUAGCAGCAGAUAUGCCGCUCGUGCGACUUGGCACGUUUAUCGGCACGGCGGGUCACGAGAGGUGGGGAAUAGAAAUCGUCGACGAAGGCGUCGACGAGAAGAAGUGUAGACAGCUUUAA